CGAAAAUACUUUAUAAAAAGUAACAAAGUCAAAACUUUUUGUUUGUACUGUUCUUUGUUCAUUGAAUUAGAAAAGUCAAAAUUGUAAAAAUGCUCAAAGCAGCUGCUACUUUGUUUUCUCCCCGAUUUGGUUAUGCUUUGCAAAAGAGAUAUAUAACAAAUAUUUGUAAAAUGGCUGAUGAAAAACUUAACGCUGUUCCUGAUGUCGAUAUUGAGGAAGGUGUAUUUAAAUAUGUCUUGAUAAAAGUUUUUGGCAAAGAAAAAGCGGAUGGCUCCGAGCCAAACAAAAACAUUGUGCGCGGCUAUGCAGAUUGCAAGUGGCAUUCUGAUAUAUACGAACGAGUAAGCUCUUCGUUGCAAGGCUUAGGACUAGAAACAGAAUGUUUAGGUGGUGGCAGAAUAGAUCAUAAUCCAGAUGCAAAAAAGAUUAAAGUUUAUGGAUACUCUCAGGGUUACGGAAAAGCAGAUCAUGAUGAAUCUAGAAAGAUUUUACUUUCUAAAUAUACCGACUACGAAAUUGAAGCGUGCGAUGAAGGAUAUUAAAUUAAGAAUUUUUUAACUUUAUAUGCGUUUAUCCUUUAUCUUCAAAAUGUGUUGUAUCUUGAAAAAUAUGAACUAAAAUUAAUAUAAAGAAUAUUUAAUACGAAA